CUGAGACGUGCAUUCAUUAAACACGAGUUUCAUCACUUGAAUGUGCCGCUCGCUGGAACAGCAGCAGUCUUUGAUGAAUUUGACUGCACGUUUGAAUGUCUCAGCAAUCCUUUCUGUUUUUCUGUAAACCUGGCUGCCUCCAAAGGAGCUCACGGUAGACUUUGGUGCGAGUUGCUGUCGUCUGAUAAAUACAGAAACUCCACAGAGUAUGAAGGGAAUAAAAGUUCGCAUCAUCUCGCAAUUGAGUCACCUUGUUCUUCGUCACCUUGUCAAAACGAAGCCACCUGUGUAACAAACUACAGAGAUGGGUCAUUUGAAUGCCUCUGUGCAAAAGGCUUUAAAGGAGAAUAUUGUGAAAAAGUUGUUGGGUCCUGCAAAGAGGCUUACUACCUGUUCAAGUCAAACGUUAGUCGACUGGUUACAUUAGACCUUGACUCUAAACCGACCACAGUUCUCUGUCAAAUGGAAGAUUUUGGAUGCGGAGAUGGAGGAUGGACGCCUGUAAUAAAGAUAGACGGCACAAAGGCAACGUUUCACUAUGACGCUCACUACUGGAGUGAUAAAAACGAAUACAACGUCCCCGGCGGAAGGACUGGGUUUGACUCAAAAGAGACCAAAUUACCGACCUAUUGGAACACACCUUUCUCCAGGAUUUGUCUCGGUAUGAAGAUUAGUGGACAGCUCAGGUUUAUUGCCUUUAACAGGAAGGCAAACUCUCUGCACUCACUGAUUGCUGAUGGUACAUACCGCUCCACCUCACUGGGUCGUAAAGAGUGGAAGAAGUUGAUUGGUGCGGAGGGCUCUUUGCAAUCGAACUGUAACAAGGAGGGCUUCAAUGCUGUGGGUACUUCAAGUGGUGGUUCCAAAGUAAGAAUCGGUUAUAUCGCUAACCAGGAAAACGACUGUCUCACUUGUGAUUCCAGAAUUGGGUUUGGUGGUGAAGGAAGUGCCAAUACGUGUGGAAACGAAGCAUCUCAUUCUCCAGAUAACGGUGACAGGCACAUCAAAGCUAUGGGAUAUAUUUUAGUGCAGUAAACUCUUUUAAUCCAUAUAUGAGCUCAGCUGAAACUCGCUAAUAACGGGAGAGGGCAGGUGGGGGUACUGAAAGAAAAAGCCCUUUUCCAUUUUUCCAUCCCCUCUCCCGACUCAUUUCCACAAACGCUCGAGUGAGAACUUGUUAAGCAGACCAUAGAUCGCUUUCCGUCUUUUUGACAAACCGAUUCUAUGUUACCAUGAUAAGCGUUGUAAAACUAAAAAGUGGCAUUAUUCCUCAGUCCAUACUCUUAAGCGCACCCAAGUUAAGCUGUAACUCACUGAUUUUUUUUUUCGCAACUAGCAGUCCGGGGUGGUUAAUUUGAUAACCCUUUGCCGUCACAACACGUCGAUCAUUUCGGAAAUCAAAGAUUUUCGCACCAACUUUGAAAUGUUCGCCGUUUGCUCGUUAUUGAUAGUAGUAUGUACCAAAAAUUAUAUCGGAAAUCAGUGAAUAGAUUCUGUUCAUCGUGUUUACUCAAGAUGGCGGUCAUCAAGGAGUGAUAGAAGCAAAGUUUUGGGCAGAGUAGUACCGGGGCAGUUGAAAUGACACGUUUGAUUGAAGUGUGUUUUUCAACUUUGCCUUAAAGUUUAGGUUGGUAAAUGAAUUUUCUGGAGUCAAAAAAAAAUUAUGGAGCUCAUCUUCAAUCUACUUUCUUUCGAUAUAAUUGUUAUUUACCGUGAUGCAAACUGCAGGAAAAAAGUGCGUGCGGUUGGUCUUGAUUUUAGUCUAAUUCAGUCGCCAACCGCCAUUUUGUGUUUUCGACGAUGCUUUUAAUCUUUCUGUAUAUUAUUCGAACAUUUUUGUCUAAUUAACGAUCUAUUACCACGGUACUAUACUUUGUUUGUAAGGAAACCUUUUAAGGCAGGGAUGGUUAUUUCAUUAGUUGUACGCGGAUACACGUUCAUUCAACUACUAUAUAAGAUAACUGAGAUGCUACGAGUACAAGCGCUCUGAUUGGCUAAACUCUAUCGUCUAUUGCACAGAUAAACCAAGAUAGUUAUCUUCUCUUGGGUAAACCCCUAAAAAAUUGAAACAGACUGUUUCUUUUUGUAAAGCUUAAGUUAUGAAAGAAAGAGACCGCCCUUUCUAUCAAGAUAAUUAUCUCCACUUGGGUAAACCCCUAAAAAUUGAAACAGACUAUGUUUUUUUUGUAAAGUUUCAUUUAUAAAAGAAAUAGACUGCCGUUUCUAUCGGUUUACUGACGUAAUAAUCCAUGCGGGAAGUUUGAAGUUUGUAAAUAAUCACUCCCCGCCGGCUCGUGAUUUACAAACUUUUCUUGCUAUUCCAACAUCCCACGUGAGUCCUUAAGCUUGUUAUGCACCGAUCAAUUCGAAGCUUCCACAUCCCCGUGGGAAAACCACGGACAUUAACUGUCAUCCGUGCCCAAGGAGGGGUGAGGAGUUCGAUCUGAAAGUAUAAACUCUUUCCAGCAUAGUAAACCUAAACGGUAAAUAGUCUGCUUCCGUGAGCCAAUGGCUUAAUCGGAAAGUUUUCACAUCAUGAAUUGAUGCUUACAAACGAACAAUCCAACAGCAACUCCAGAAACUAAACGUGACUUUGCUAAAUUCUACAACAUUCGUUGACCUCACAAAGAAUCGUUUAACAAUAGUUAAGUAUUUGAACACAAUUUUGGCCCGAGGGAGAAAGAAAUUUGAACGACCCAGUUUUUUAAUGCCAAGGGGUUGCCCGAGGGGGGAAAAUUGAAGCUUGGGAUGGAUCCACGCAUAAACUGAUAGAAAUUGCAGUCCAUUGCUCAAUUAUUACAAUUAAGAUUUGCGAACCAGUCCCCUAAUGCAAGAUAAAAGCAUUUGUAAAGAAUUUUAGUAUACGUAAUACCAAGUCUGUACAAAAAUAAGUCCAACGCAAGAACUUCCUUUUGCGACAUUUUCUCCACAACGGUUAAAAUGUAUAUAAUCACGACAACUGAAUAAUGGCAGGUCAUAAAUCAUUUAUGACCCGUCGUAAAUUGUUUAUUAUUUAUUAUAUUUGAAUAAUGAUUAUUCAAAUAUAAUAAAUAAUAGGCAAAUAAAUAUU